AUGCUCUUCUCAACAACCAUCGCUCGCCCACUGCAACUGCUCACUCGCGUCCUGCAGUGGGCUAGCGCUGUCAUUGUCAUGGGCCUGACCUCGUUCUUCAUCAACCGUGGUCCCCGUGGCCAGCACACCAUCUACCAGGAAGUCAUUGCCGUCCUCUCAGUCGUCUUCUUCCUUCCGGCGUUCAUUUCGCCAUUCAUGCCCUCGUCGUUGAGCAGAUUCGUGCUCGCUAUCGACGUCGUCUUCUCCUACCUCUGGUUGACUGCCUUUAUUUUCGCCGCACAAGACUACAGCGGGAGCCGGUGCUUCUGGUCUAUCCCCGCAGGCGUCGAUUGCAAACGCAAGAGGGCCAAUGAAGCUUUUAUCUUCCUAGCUUUUAUCUUCACUUUCUUUGGCAUGUUCCUUGAAGUCGCUGGCCUCUGGGCCUAUCGCAAGGAAAACAGCACCCACCACACCAAUGAUAAAGCCAAUUCUGGGCCCCGUCCACCUCUUGAUGCGCCCGCAGCUCCUGCUGGAACUGUCUAA